CAAUGUGCGCUCAAUAAUUCCAUGUAUCCAUACGGCGCACGAUAGCUCUUCUCCGAUUUCAACAGUUAUCGUUCUCUUGAGGAUGCGCUUUGCUCCUCCCUCUCUAACAUCCCCGCCAGUUUCAUAGGCUCUCCAUUUUCUUUCAAAUUUUGUAGUUAGUUAUUGACCGUUAAAACCUUGAUUUCAGAUUUUCUAUCUGUAAAUAUUUUUUUUCUUUAAUCAAAGAAUGUCAGAAGGAACAAGUAUGGUUAUGGAGUCUUCUGAAAAUGGGACGGAUAUAUCUCAAGAUGAUACUGGCAACGUGGAAGAAAUUCCUGAAGACACAAUAUUGUCGCGACAAACUUCUGUGAAUCUUGUCCCAUUUAUUGGUCAAAGAUUUGUUUCUCAAGAUGCUGCUUAUGAAUUCUAUUGUAGCUUUGCUAAGCAAUGUGGCUUUUCAAUUAGACGACAUCGCACUCGUGGAAAAGAUGGCAUUGGUAGAGGCGUUACAAGAAGAGAUUUUACUUGCCAUCGUGGUGGCUUUCCACAAAUGAAACCAUCUGAAGAUGGAAAGAUGCAAAGGAAUCGCAAGUCUUCGCGUUGUGGCUGUCAGGCAUAUAUGCGUAUUGUGAAGCGGGCAGACUUCGAUGUCCCUGAAUGGCGUGUGACAGGCUUUAGUAACAUUCACAACCAUGAAUUGUUAAAAUCAAAUGAAGUGCAUCUCCUUCCUGCCUAUUGCACCAUGUCUCCAGAUGACAAGACUCGCAUUUGCAUGUUUGCAAAAGCUGGAAUGUCAGUGAGACAGAUGUUACGACUGAUGGAGCUAGAGAAAGGUGUGAAGCUAGGUUGUUUACCAUUUACAGAAAUAGAUGUGAGAAACCUACUACAGUCUUUCAGAAAUAUCAAUCGAGAUAAUGAUGCUAUUGAUCUUAUUGCGAUGUGCAAGAAACUGAAGGAUGAAGAUCAUAACUUCAAAUAUGACUUCAAAAUUGAUGGCAACAAUAGGUUAGAGCAUAUUGCAUGGUCUUAUGCCUCAUCCAUCCAGCUGUAUGAGGCAUUUGGUGAUGCAGUGGUUUUUGACACUACACACCGUCUGGAUGCAUAUGAUAUGAUAUUAGGCAUUUGGCUUGGGUUAGACAAUCAUGGGAUGACUUGUUUCUUUGGUUGUGUUCUGCUACGUGAUGAAAAUAUGCAGUCAUUUUCCUGGGCUUUGAAGGCAUUUAUGGACUUCAUGAAUGGAAAGGCUCCACACACUAUCAUGACUGACCAAAAUAUGUGGUUGAAGGAGGCUAUUGCUAUUGAAAUUCCAGAGACUAAACAUGCUUUUUGCAUUUGGCACAUAUUAGCAAAAUUCUCAGAUUGGUUUUCCUUACUGCUUGAGUCAUGUUAUGAUGACUGGAAAGCUGAGUUUCUCCGACUCUAUAAUCUGGAGUUUGUGGAAGAUUUCGAGGAAGGAUGGAAAGAAAUGGUCGACAAAUAUGGGCUUCAUGCUAAUAAGCACAUUGCUAGUUUGUAUGCAUUGCGGACAUUCUGGGCUUUAUCAUACUUGAGGCAUUACUUUUUUGCAGGAAUGAUGAAUACCUGUCAGUCUGAGUCAAUUAAUGCUUUCAUUCAACGGUUUUUGAGUGCACAGUCACAAUUAGAACGUUUUAUAGAGCGGGUGGCUGAUAUUGUUGAUUUGAAUAAUCAUUCUGGAUCGAAGGCAGAGACCCACCGAAAAUUGCAGAAAGUUUACCUUAAAACAGGUUCACCUAUUGAAUCGCACGCAGCCUCCAUUCUUACUCCAUAUGCCUUUAAUAAGCUCCAAGAGGAGCUUGUGUUAGCUCCACAAUAUGCAUCUUUUCAAAUAGAUGAUUACGGUUAUCAAGUGAGACACCAUACUCAGAUAUCUGGGGGUUGUAAGGUCAUUUGGGAUCCUUGUCAAGAACACAUCAGUUGUAGCUGCAGUCGUUUCGAAUUUCUAGGCAUCCUCUGUAGGCAUGUUCUCCGUGUCCUAUCAAAUAAUAAUUGUUUUCAUAUUCCAGACCAAUAUAUGCCUGCCCGAUGGCGUGAUGUUGACUUAUCUUCCACUGCAAGAACGCAAUCUGAUAGGAUUCAGUUGUUAGAGUCCAUGGCUUCAACACUUGUGACUGAAGCAGUUGAAACAGAGGAACGCCUUAAUGUUGCAUGUGAGGAAAUUGCAAUGGUAUUAUCACGUAUUAAAGACCUUCCUAGGCAGACACAUGAUGAGAAUGCCUACAACUGUGCAUCUGACUCAUUGAUUCUGCCAGAUGUUGAAGAUGCUGAUGGAGUAGUUCAAACUCUUGCAAUUGGGAAUCCUCAUGAUUCUAUCAGUCUGGGAAAGCUAAAAGAGAGAAGGCCCAGAGAUGGAACUGAUAUAUCUAGAAAGCGAAGGCAUUGUUCCGGUCCUUGCUGUGGGCAAUUUGGACAUGAUGUGUCAGAUUGUCCAAUUAUGGGAAGUGAUCACUUGAAUGGUGCUGCACUAGGAUACAUAUAGAGUUUGAUAUUGGCAACUGUGGUUGGAAAGCAAUCACAUUAUAGUAGGCCGUCAUUGUUCAUUCAAAUGGUGCAUUUAUUUUCCUUCCAAAUUUCAUCAUAGAAGAUUUAGGAACUAUUUACUAUAGAAAAAGAAGUCCUGAUAGAUAUGCAAUUAUUGAAGGCUUUUUCCACAAGUCGAGAUAUAGAGUAUCCUCAUUUAAAACUCAAGAUUAGUUAACCCUGCAAAUUAAUUACCUUCCUUUAUCCAAAUGAGUUUUUGGAUCAUGGCAAUUCUGAGUAGAUUUAUUUUAUGCAUACGGUAAACUUCUAGAGUCGGGAGUUGUAAUUGUGUUCCAAUCUUCCUAUGUCAAGAGCUCAACAUAUAAUAGAAGACCAGUGUUGGCCUCAUUCCUGACUUAUAUUUGCUCUUGUUACUCUUGCUUUGUUGGUUCUGUUUUGCUGUGUUCUGCCUAUACAUUUUGAUUUGUUUUGAAUUAUGAGAUAUGGAUGUCUGUUGAUCUCAAAAUACUUGAGAACUGUUAUCGGUUUACCAGCUGCAAUAUAAUGGAGAAGAUCUAUGUUUCAUUAUUUUAUGAUA